AUGGCUCCCGUCAUCAUCACCAUGGUCCGCCACGGCGAGAGCAAGGACAACCUCACCGCGCUCUGGGCAGGGCACCGUGACGCCUCGCUCUCGAACCACGGCUUCACCCAGGCGCAACGCCUCGGCCAGGCCUUCGCCGAUGUCCCCAUCACCGCCAUCUACGCCUCGGACCUCAAGCGCGCCUACACGACCGCGCGCUGCAUCCACGACGCCAACCGCUCGACGCCCAAACCGCCCUUCACCCUGUCGCCCCUCCUCCGCGAGCAGUUCUUCGGCGAGGCAGAGGGCGCACCGGUCCUCUCGCGCACUGUCGGCACGGGAGCUGACUCUCUUCGUGUAUUUGCCGUCGCGCACAGCAUCGCGCCCAAUGCCGAGUCGCUCAACGACGUCGCCCGUCGCGCCGACCUCGUCCUGCGCCACUUUGUCCUCCCGCACGUCCUCGCGACCGCCCAGGUCCCACCCGACGCGUCCUUCCCCGACCAGCACCACAUCGUCCUCGUCGCGCACGGUAUCUGGCUCUCGGAGAUGCUCUUUGCCCUCAAGCGCGCCGGCGACCCGCACAUCCGGUUCGUCAAGUCGUCGGGCUACACCAACACCGGGUGGUGCCGCAUCGAGCUCGAGCUCGACGACCCAGACGCGGCGCACGCGCUCCCGAGCGAGUCGACGUCGCCCAAGGACGAGGCUGCCCCCUCUGCUCCUCCUGCCGCACCCGCGUCUUCCAUCCCCGAACCCGCCGACGCGCGACCCGCAACCGACCCCGAGCGCAUCGGUGUGCUCGCGUUCAACCAGGUCGCGCACCUCGAGGGGCUCAAGCGCACGGGCGGCGGCGUCGGGAGCGCAGAGCACGACGACAAGCAGCGCGGGCUCAAAGAGUUCUUUGGCGGGCAGGCGGCCGGCAAGUAGAAGUCGGCUGCGACGUCGCCGUAUUUCAAACACCUCGAGAG